CAUGAAAAGGAACAGCCUGAAGAAGCAUAGCUGUGAUUAUGAAAGGGGAUACCGGGUUCUUGCAUGCCCUACAAACACCUACUUCAUUUUGUCUGUUUAUAUAAAUACUCUAUCCAAAGAUCUGAGAGUGCUUUAGAAUACUAGUCAGUUCUUGCAGUACACUGCUCGGGGAAGUGAUGUUACCACAGCCACAUACAGCAAGUUUCAUAGACUGAGGUUAAUUGCCCGGUAUCACAGAACAGCUAGUGGCAAUGCCAAAAAUAAAUCCAGUUCAGGCAUGCUGCUCAGAUUAAAACAUAAGGAGAAGCAGCAAAGAACAAGAUAUGUCUACUACUGAAGGAAGUAGUAUAGAGAUAACUGUACCAGCUCCCAACAGACAGAUUAGCACGGACAAAGUGAAUUAUAUCACAGCAGACAAAUCUUUGAUUUGUAAUCUUUCUUCUGACAUAGUGGUGCCGCAGCAGCAGCAGCUGCAGUCCUGCAUCCUCAUAUAGGUGGAUGCACAAGCCCACAAAGCUGCCCUUUAACACAGCCACAGCCACUCUUCGAUGCUGGGAAAAAGGAUUUAGCUUUCUGCAAAGGCAAGGCAGCAUUAAACCUACUUUAGGUCAUACUGGCUUGUUUGUUUCUGGAUUUAUUUUCACAAACUAAUAACGAUAGAUGAUGAAAAUAGCUUCAUUGUAUGCAGUAAUCUUUAUGUAACAAAUGACCACUUCUUUUGGCUGAAACGUGCCCGCUUCACAUAGUAAGUUUAAAUGCAAACAAGCAAUCUCAGCAAAAUUCUCCCCAGAGUACUACUUUUGCAUUUCUUCUUUGUAGCUAACAUGUCAUUGCCCAUUAAAAAGACUGCCAGUAGUAUUAGGGCAAUUAUAAAGAAGCAAAAGCUGGGAUUUUUCAUACAGUUUAGCCAGUGAUAGCCAUUUAAUAUCAAAUUAUUAAAAGACAGACUUAUGAAACAGAUUAAGUAGUCUGCACGUCCAUGAACAAAGAUAUGAAAGCUGAAAGGUAAGUCUGUAGAUGAGCGCAUAAAACCAUGACUGGAAUGUACACUGCUUAAUGUCUUCUGUGUUUCGUUUUCAUCAUUAACAUGGCUCUAGUGAGAAGGCAGUGAAGUGGUACAAAGGAGCCAGCUGCGCAACACAUUCCCUUUUCAUCAAGUGAACAGAUGUCGCUUGUAUAAAGGUGAAAGGGGGGUGAUGUCAAUCAAAAGCUAUAGAGAAGCCAGUUGAGCUCUACAUCUUGUAGCCUUUCGUUGUUGUAAUGCUCACACUACAGUGCAGCUUUUAAUACUCUGUUUGCUGGGCAAGUGUCACGCUCUAAUACAGCACCUCCUGGCAGGGGAUCUAUCUUUUAUGUGUACUGUAGCACAGACCAUGAAUAUGUAUUAUCGCCAUCAUUCACUAUUAGUAUUAGUGAGUGUGUGUAUCUGUCUUCCAACUAACCUUUAAAAGUGACCUUGAAAAUAAUUUAGAAGAACCGUAAUGGUAUGUUUUAGGUACUGAUAUAGAAAAGGACAAGAGUGUUUCCAGUGUUUUUACACUUCUUUUUUUCAAAUCCAUUCUAAUUGGUGAAGAAACUUUUCAUGCACAGAAGUCCCAUAUAAGUAAAACAUACAAGUCCAUUAAAAUAACUUACCUCUAGAAGGUUCUUAUUAAAAUGUUCUCCUGAGUCUGCAGAUAGUAGAUUCAGAAGGUUCUGCCUCUACAAGAAGUAAAACAUACUUUAAAUGUGGGGAACUUAAAAACAUUUUAGAACUAGGUUUCUGAUGAGUUGCCUCCUUGAAUUUCUGAGCUUCUAAUUUUGAUAUGGUCUAUUUAUCCUGCUGGCCAGAAAGGUUUCCCUAAGGAACCAGUUCAGUUUCAGACACACAAGAAGUGACUACAUUUUUUUUACUGCUUAACUAAAUUGAGAGCUUAAUAAGGUAAGUGUACACAAAACAAAACUAAAAUAUUGCCAUAUCUAAUUUAAUUGUUCCCCAGUACUGCAUAAUUAAAAUAGCAUUUGUGAACUAAUUAAAAAUUUUCAUUGCACUAGAACUAUAUGAUAAAGAACUCCGACAUGGAAGUAUCUCUGCUGAAGCUAAGUCUACUGAAAACCUCGUAGCAGUUUACUGAUUCGUCACGAGGAAAGGAGAAGGAGCGAGUGUUGAUUUCUUCUCUCCGGUGACCAAUGAUAGGACCCAAGGGAAUGGCAGGAAGAUGUGCCAGGGGAGGUUUAGGUUGGAUAUUAAGAGAAAAUUCUUAAUUCAGAUGAUGGUGGAGCACUGGAACAGGCUCCCUGGAGAGCUAAGCCUAACAAUAUUCAGGAAGCAUUUGGAAAAUGCACUCGGACACAUGGUGUAAAUUUUGGGGUUGUCCUAUGCAAGGAUAGGACUCUAUGAUCCUUGUGGGUCCCUUCCAAGUCAGGUCAUUCUGUGAUUCUAUGAAAACCUUCAUCUUGCUUUAACUUGCUGUUCUUCCCACAACUGUGUGUAACUCCCAUAAAGCUUUGUGAGCAGCAAUCAGUGCAAGCAUUGUGCCAAGUGACCCCCAGACCACAGCAAACUCCUCGUUCAGGAGCUCAGCUUAACAGUGGUACUGCUUUCACACUCAGGAGCUCCAAAGUGGUAGAAGUCGUGGUAUUAAACUAAUUGUUUUUUCUUAUGCAAGAGAGUCUCUAGACAAGCUCAACCUUGACAAGGGGGAAAAAAAAAAGUCUAGUAAAAAAAAUUACAGCAUAUAUGUAAUAAGGAACAUAUUUUGGCCCAUACAUUUUUAUUUUUGUUACCUCCUGAAAUGUGACACGAUCUGUAUUACACAGAUUCUUGCUUUCUAGGGAAAUACUCAUGCCAUUUGCUGGAAAGUUACAGAAUUUAGCAGGCAGUUUUUUCAGUACCAUUUUAUUAUGCUGGAUUUUAGGUGUUAAAUGCUUGCACUUAUUCCCCUGUAAAGAUCUGCAAGUAGAUAUAAAAUAAUUCAAAGGCACUUAAAUUAGAAGUGCCUAAGAAGAUAUUAAACAAAUUAGCAGCAUAAUUUUGCACUGAUUAUGUGGGCUUAACCCUUUCCACUGAAACACCAACUCAAUUUAUCUGUUCAGUUAACUCUUAAAGACUUAUUUUUUCCUCUCAACUGACUGAUUAAUAAUGCUAAGUUGAUGAUAUGGUUGAUUAUGAUGAGAAACAAAUUAAAAUCAGAUCAGUUCAUGUGUACCGCAGAAACAUCAAAAUCGUCUGCAGAUGAUUCUAGAUUUCUAGGUUGAAAUUAGUGAGAUAACUUCAUAUUUUCAGUUCCUUGGGCAAGCCUCUAGCUUGCAUGCACCUUAGAUGAGCCUAUAAAUGCAUCUUUAGAUACCCUGUAAUAACAGGUAUCCAACAUUCCUGCAGGGAUAAUAUAGGAUAACUAUCUAAUAAUAAAACAAAUAUCAUUAUGGAGUUAACUAAAAACUACAAAAAGCAUUCUGCAACUUCAAAGGUUAAAGAGACAGUAAGGCUGUCCUCUAAAUUUUUCUAUUAAAUAGUCUCCAGGUUCAUAUCAAUACGAUGUUAGGAAGAGACACAGUAUUUACAUAUCAAAAUUCUCAGCUAUUUAUAUCACUAGUACUUGCUGCGCUCUUACUACUCCGUGGCGAAGACCCAUUGUGAAGAAACGGAACUCAUCUUGCAUGUGAAGUAAACUCUCUUGCUGUGCACUGCAGGUGAAGAUACCGCAAAGAAACUAUAACACAGAGCUGAAAAAGCUACCUUGAAGCUGCUCCCCGUGUUGAAGCUCAUGGUGUUGUUAGGCAAGCUUACAGGCACCUUCAGUCUGUGGGGACAGACAACUCACAAAAGAAGGAGAACAGAGUGUGGUUGGUAGCAUCAGAGACCAGAGUUAAGCUAGAGUUAUAGGGACAGGAAAAUAAACAAAACCCCCACAAAAGUAGCUCAUUAUGUCUUUACAUCACUUUGUAUUUUUUCUUGCAUGGAAUUCCACUUUCCAACUAUAGAUGAACCUGCUCUGCGGAUGAAUCAGCAAAUGAAGGUUCUGCCAGUAAGAGUCUUCAGAUGCUUUUUUUUUUUUUUAACGAAUGAGGUUCAGAGAGUAUAGAAUUAGAGACAGGAGGAGUAACACAAAGAAAGUGUGUUCUCAUGACUGAGAAAAUUGGGAAACUGGAGGAAUAAUUUUAUCUCUGGCACCAACAGUGAGUUUGUAUAUGAUUCCCGGGGCGAGGGCUCACUUAAGAACAAAGGUCAUCACAGAAAGAUAUGAGGCAAAUGGGGGGAUUUUUUGAUCAUAUUUUUUCAUUUGUUCUUUGAAAAUGUACCUGGGUCAUGGUAAGGGUUCAAGUCUGACUUCAUUCCAGUAAUGCAUAACGGUGGGAUAAGAUCAGGCUAGAAAAGUCCUUUGUUCUUCCAUGAAGGAUCCUGCUUGGUGAAGGGAGUUGGAAUGCCUUGUCACUAUUGUUAUGUGGGGUCUGGAAGGUUACAGCCCUGGCAUUCCCCAAAGGUAGCUCUGAAUUCUCAUGUGAGCAAGCUCAACUUGGUAAGACAAGGCAGGAUUUUUUUUCAUUCAGAUGCUGACUCAGGCGUAACAUCUACAUAGAGUGUUUUUCAUAUUGGUUACACAAAAUCGGAGAGCACAAGGGCUGUGGAAAUGCUGGAAGUUUGUAAGUACGCUAGUGUGCCAAGUACAAAAGUGACUGGUACUGGAAGGGCAGCAGAAAUAUCUUAGAUUUCUUCACUUGAGUGCACAAAAUUAGUGUGUGUUUGUGAACACAGCAGUAUUAAUGUAGUUGCAUUGCUGUUCUCUGAGUGGCUUGCAGGUGAUACAAAUAGCUGCUGCAGGAUUUAUGGUGGAUUAUUGGCUGAGUAACAGGAGUACCGUGUAAACAUGUCAAAUGUAACUAUCCGUUACCAAAAUUAGUGCUGGGAUAAGAUUGAGUAUGAUCUACUGACCACAUGGGAAGCAAAAGAAACACAAAUAAAUGUUGAAUAAACAAUGCCAGCUGAGCUUAAUAACCCGUAGAAAAAACAGUGUCCUGUCAAACAGUUAUUAAAUUUAAAAAAAUCUAAAUCAAGACUAAAUGGGCAAUUUUAGUUUAAUAAUUUCCUUAGUUUUUCUCCCCUUUAAAACCUUUUAAGUUCUGUUAAGGUAUCCUCAUUUAGUAAAUACAUACAGGAUUUUUUUUUGUUAGUGUGGUGUAAGAUGAAUUAUGGUAUAACUGAAUUGCAGCAUUUCACACGAUUUCAGUUCAAAGUCUAUAUAUAACUAGCUUUGAUUUUUCAGCACCAUCUAGAAAUACCAGAAAGCUCUGGCAGCCUUUCCUUUAACCUUAGAUAGCUGAGGUAAUAUAAUUCUCUUUUUGCCUUUUUAUUUGGCUUCCUGAUACUCUGAACAUUUAAAAAUGGUUAUGCAAUAUUGGAAGGAACUAAACUGAAACGUGAAAUUAUUAAAUAAGUGAUCAUAUUAUAAAAAUAGUCCUUAAAAUGCUUUCACAUGAAAAACCUACUUCAGAAAAAAAGUGCCAAAUAAGCAAAAGUUUUUACCUGGCAGUCAGGAAUGAUAUUUAUAUAAAGUGUAGCUUUACGAGCCUGUAAACCUACUGUAUGUGUGAAAGGAGUCCUUGGAAGACGUGCUACGAUUUUUACAGUUGUAUGCUCACCGUUCCUACAAGAAAAUCAAGCCCUCGUUUACAUGAGCGUGGAUCAGCUCCGUCUGCCUCCCGCACAGAUCCUCUACGGCGCUGUCUACUGUCUUUUUUUGCCUUUACAAUUCUAGGUCUUUUUACACUGGUGUUUUCCGUUCUUGGAUUCUUGAGCUGCACCUUAAUCCUAUAUCAAUAAUCUCACUUCUUUCUGCAAUUUUACUUCUAUUUUUUUUGCAUAAUUCUCACAAUUUAGUGAUUUUUUCAGUAGUCUGAGCCAAAUACACGCAGCUGGCCCAGCUCAAAACUAGCCCUUGGGUCACAGACAGCUGAGUCCAUGGGAGAAGAAAUGAAAGCUGCUUCUGCCUGCCCCCUGCUCCCAGCCAUCUCUCAUCUCUCACGUUGGCCCAGUUGUUUAUGAAGAUCUGCACACCACUUACUCCCAGGUGGGUGUUCACAAGUAGGUGAUGUAACUGCUACUGAAAGGCGAUACCCUCCCAGCAGACCUACCAGCUUUCACAAACGUGUAAUUCAGGCGAUCUCCCAGAGCACAUCGGGGCUGAUUUGUUGGUUGUUCGUAAAACACUAGAAUUCAGCUGCAGCUGGGUUCCAAUAAUACAAAAGUAAUACAUCAGUAACCCCUAACAGGAAGUUAAGCGUUACAGAAUUUACUGUCUUCUAUUUCUAAGAUUGUAAUUUUUUUUUUUUUUUGGUUGUUUUUCAAACAGUGGCAUUAAACUGCCAAGGAAAGGGCAACAAUUUCCCUAUCAGUUUACACUGGUAAUUAAUUAUUCAUCAUACAGAAUUAGAGAGCUUAACUGAAGGUCUUUGAGAGAAGUCUCCAGCAAUACACUAUAGAAGCUUGGUAGCUAAGAUCCAAAAAUAUGACUUGAUCUAAAAAAACAGUUUGACAGCUUUAUUUUUUUUGAAAAAACAUGUUAAUUUGUUUGAAAGACCAUUGUAAAAGGAAUUGAACAUGGGCUUGACGUCUGGAAGUUACACUUGAUACAGGGCUUUUUAAUAUUAUCAUUACUGUCAUAAUAUGUUUGCUGCUGCAACCAAAAAUUUCGUUAAACAGGUUGGUGAUGGAGGAAGACUAAUUCCAGUGCCCAGUCUCAGUGAAGCUGAUAAAUACCAACCUCUGAGCCUUGUGAUUAAGAAAAGAAAAUGUUCUCUUUCAAAAAAAUCUAAAUUUGCUUCAACACCUUUCACGUUAAAAGACAUUCUUCUAGGGGAGAAAGAAAUUUCUGCAGGUGUCUCAUCUUACCAGUUGCUCAACUAUGAAGACAAAUCAGAUGUUUCACUUAAUGGUAGAAGAGGAAAUCAGAUAAUGAAUGAUGUUGGUUUUGAUGUUGCUGGAUCAGAUUCUGUUGCCUUUAAAGCUUCAUUUGGCAUAGUGACCAAACAUGAGGUUGAAGUACCAACAUUACUUAAAGAACUUACCACAAGAAAAAUAAACUUUGAUCAUUGUCUCGUCCAUCAAUCAAGAAAAAGUAGGAUGGAGAUUUUGUGUGUGGUCAUGGAAAGUAUUAGAACCACAAGACAGUGCUCAUUAACAGUCCAUACUGGAAUGCGUGGAGAAGCAAUGAGGUUUCACAUUAUUGAAGAUCAGAAUUCUAAAGGGCGGGACAAAGCCAUUGUUUUUCCUGCACAUACAACAAUUGCUUUUAGUGUAUUUGAACUUUAUAUUCAUUUGGAUGGUAAUUUCGAACUCUGUGUGACUCCAAUUUCAAAAGGAGGAUUUGAAAAAGAGAAAUCUGGAUCGUCUUCACUGACCAAACUAAGGAUGUUAAAGAGUAAUCUGCUUCAUCGAAAUAAAAGAGUAGUGGAUAUCGUUCCUACCUCUGAUGCUUACAUGGAGGACCUUUUUACAGAUUAUUACGAAAAAGCCGCGAGCAUGACUGAUCUUUCCACAAGCUAUCUAAGAGAAGGGUCUCAUAUCCGAAUUAAUUUACUUAAUAACAACAUUCCCAAAGGUCCCUGUGUGCUUUGUGGAAUGGGAAGUUCUAAAAGGGAAACAGUCUAUGGAUGCCUAGAGUGUUCUUUUAAUGGACAAAAGUAUGUACGACUACACGCUGUGCCCUGUUUUGACCUCUGGCAUAAGAGAGUAAAAUAACCAAGCUUGGUAAGUGCCUGUUGUCACAGACAUGGUCAUAACUGUGCCACAAACUUUUUAGAAUAUAACUCAAAUUGUUGAAAUUCAAACUAGUGAAAGUGCAAAAUAUUUUAUUACCUUAUUAUGUUCAAAUUGUUCCUUCAGUGACCUUUUACUUGAAAAUGCCCUCAUGCAUUCCCUGACGUUGUUUUUCUUCUUUCUAGGACCUUCUCAUUAUCACAAUAAUGAAAAAUAUACUUUUAAACUGAAUUUUCAUAUCAAAAUACGUGCUAGAACUUACUUGGAGUCGUUUACACAAAUUUGUUGCUAAAUCUUGAAAUGUUGCUUUAUCUAGACUGGCAUACCAUGGUAAAAUGAGAAUAUUUGUUAAUAAUUUAGUGUUCUCAUGAAUGUUUAAUUGACAUAUCGGAUUAAAAAACAUGGUAAAACUUAGCUCAGUCUAAUGUUUCAUUUACAAAAGGGAACAGCUAAAACUAGGGAUAAGCAUUUCACAUUAGGAUGCCAUUACCAUAUGUCAACAGUUUGUUAAGAUUACUAAAAAGUACCAGUCAGUCCCCUUUCUGCAUUUGGUUUUUAGGUCACAGGUGCUCUUGACUUCCUUUUAUGUGUUCAGAAAAAAUUGUUUAGCAGAAAAUGUUUUGGAAGCA